AUGGUCUUUUUAUUAUUCCUUUCAUUCGUUUUAUCAUCAAUUUUCUUAGUUCCAUUAGUAUAUAUGCUAAACAAAGUAUUCUUAUUUAAUAGAAAUAGAGUGGUAAAUUAUGAUUCAAUAAGGAAAUUAGCUUUGACUAGAAUGGAAUAA